AUGGAGGAGUAUAAGGUUACGUGUGGUUCGUUUGACAUAGCUGUGAGAGUAGCGAGUCGAACAUUCUGGGACAUAUCUAAAAUCGGGCCAACGCGAAGGCUCAUCCGUUGUACGGCAUGGCAACCAUUAAUGAUAGUACCCCCAUCAGCUCUGGAAUCGGGUUGUGAGGAUUACAAUACACUAAACUCGUGUGCCACAUGCUUGUUUUGGUGGAGACGACCAUGGUGGCCACCAGGGAUGUUUCUUCCUCCCAAACGUAUGCGAGGUUGUCCAGCAUGCGUAAGGCUGCCACCAUGUUCAAAAUGUUCAAGAUGGUGGGAACAAAAGUAA